GCCGAGCAUCCCCCCGCACCUCCUGCCGCCCGGGUCCGCCGCCGCAGCCGCCGUCGCCGCAGCCGCGGCAGCCGCUGCAGGUGUGAGUAGCGCCAGCAGCGCCAGCAGUAACAGCAGCAGCACAAGCAUCAGCAUGACGAGCGGCGGGGGCGUCGUGCUGAGCAACAAGGGCGUGAGGACGACGGCCACGGUGCCGCCCCUGGGCCUGGCCACCCCCCUGGCCCCCCUCACCACAUCCGCGGGCGCGGGCCCCCCCUCGCCCACGUCCUCGUCCUCCUUCGCCGCCGCCCUCCGCUCGCUCGCCAAGCAGGCCACGGCGCCGCCAGGAGCGGAGAAGGACGCGCCGAUGCCAGGCGAGCCGCAGCGCAUGUCGCCGAAGGUGUCGUCGCUGGCGCCAAGCUCCACGUCGGGCCACCUGGGCCUGUCGGGGGGGUCGGCGCCCCCGGUGGUCACCAUCGCGCCCACGCACUCGCACGGCAUCACCAGCGAGGCCGAGCGCUCGUCCGCUGCCGCCAGCGAGGAUCUCGUGCGCGGGUUCCAGCCGUACCGCGCCCCCGACGUGCAGCCGACGCCGCCCGCGGGCACCCCGGGGGCGUCGCUGCGGCCGCCCAUGCCUCCACUCGACCUGCCGCCCUCGUACCCGCCCUACCACCCGUCGCUGUACCCGCACCACCUGGCGCACCAGUACAGUCACAGCGCAGCCUCUGAAUUUCGCGCCCACUGCCAUGCCCGCAGACUGGAGGAGCACCUGUACCUGGAGCGAUACGGGCUGCUGCGACCGCCGCUGAGCCCCUACGGCGUCGGGGGCCUGUCGGGGCUGUACCCGGGCGCCGCCGGCUCGCCCUACCUGUCGGCCAGGUUCCCGCCGGACCUCCUGCCCACCUCGCUGGCCGCGCUGCACCCGUCGUCGGCGCUUCUGCACGAGAGGUUGAAGCUGGAGGAGGACAUGCGGCAGCGAGAGUACGAGCUCGAACUGAGACGCGAAAGAGAACUAGAGAGAGAAAGGGAGAGAGAAAGAGAAAGAGAAAGAGACCGGGAAAGAGAGCGGGAGAAAGAGCGCGAGCGAGAAAGAGAAAAGGAGCGAGAGAGGGAGAGAGAGCGCGACAAGGAAAAGGAACGCGAGAGGGAGAGAGCUCGCGAGAAGGAGCGAGAGAGGCAGCGGCAGAGAGAGCACCACGAAGCAGACAGAAACAAAGAAGCAGAGAGAACUCAGAAUCAGGAGAGAAGUAGAGACCGCAGCCCCAUCGCGCACGCCGUGGUGCACGCGUCCGCCCCGGCCUGUUAUAUCGGUGACGAGCCUCAGCACAAGCAGCGUUACCAUAACGAGCAACAGUCACAGUCGCAAGAACCAGCCAAUAGGUGUUGCGACGCAGCAGGUGGCGCAGCCCCUGGACAUCCGCAGCUCAGUAACCUUUCGCCCAAUCAACGACGUAACCUUCCUGGGACACGUUCAAGCUCAAGCCCAGAGCCAGGGCCAGCCGCCGCCGCAGCCGCCGCCCCACCUGCGGGAGGACCCUCUCGCGCAUCGCCUGGAGGCGACCAAGGACGCCAGCCGCGUCGCCAUCAAGCCUCGCACACCGGCCAUCGUCAGGCCCUUCGAGACCACGCCCAGCGACCUGGUACAGGCCUCGCAUACGCCAACUAAAAUCAACACUGUGGCGCCGACGGUGAAAAGCAGCGAAAGCUUAGCGCCGCCCUUGCAGACGAGGGUCAUUGUGGGAGGAGGGACAGGGGGGGCAGGGGCACCUGGAGGAGGAGCAGGACCAGGAGGGCCUGGAGGAGGACCAGGAG